AUGUUGUUAUUGGUUCAAGGAGUUGGGCAGCAAUGUAGCAUUCCAGAUGACAAUAUUAUGGAGUCGAUCCGACAAGUGGUGACAAAGGACAUACCUGAGCCUGCCUUUGUGAGGCAUCAGAGACCUAGGCUUACCGAGCCUGAUCAGUCGGAGCCGACUCUAGAUGACGUGAUGCGGCAUCAGGAUUUUGCACACGAAGAGCAUUGCUGGAUUAAUGAUUCGAUGGAUGGGGUGAAACAACGUCUGGGGAAUGGACCAUCCACCUUUUCUUCUGGCGGUUCCUACUGUUCCACCCCCUCCUUAACCAAGGGUACUGGUCACGAAGGUGUUGGUAAUUCAGGCACACAUCCCGGGGAUAUUGACGAUGACAACAAGUAG